AUGAUAGGAAAAAUAACUCACAUCGGAAUAGACUUGGUGCUAAUCUCAGGCUUUUUAGCUGGCGUCAAGCGCGCCACGGGCAUCCAGCCCAAUUUGGACUUGAUUGAAAAUAAAGAUGUGAGGUAUUACACGGGGAAGUAUUUGGGGUUGGGCGAGCUGGUUUUGGAUAGCUCGGCUGCGUUCUUGGGUAGUAGUGGGUAUUUCACUAGAAAGUGA